UUCCCUUCCUUCCUGCUUUCUUUAUCCCGAACGUUCGUCAAAUUCCAGGGUUUCCGAUUGGAAUUCACCCGGAGGAGAGAAGCUUUGGUUUUCCGGCGAUGGCGAUCUCCGGCCAAGUGUUUGUCAGGUGCUUCGAUGGUCGAUCGCUCUGUCUGCAGAUUGACGGUCACGAUCUCAGCGGCCUCUCCUUGAGGCGAACGAUCCACGAAAAAACCCUAAUCCCUCCUUCUGUGCAACGCCUGGUCACCGGAACUCGAGAGAUCACGGAUGAGUUUCUGUUGGAACCAGACGGUUCUGGGCUUUUUCCUUCCGUCAACCUCUUAUUACGUCUCCGUGGCGGCAAGGGGGGGUUCGGUUCUCUUCUCCGAGGCGCCGCGACGAAGGCAGGGCAAAAGAAGACGAACAAUUUCGAUGCCUGUCGGGAUAUGAGCGGCCGCAGGCUGCGACACGUGAAUGCAGAGCGCAGAUUGGAGGAGUGGAAGGCGGAGGCCGAGGAACGGAAGCUUGAGAAGAUAGCGCAGGAGUUCCUGAAGAAACAGAUGAAGAAGGACAAGGGCAAACCCCUAGGAGAUAAGGCGGAGAAGUAUCUGGAGAGUUACAGGGCGCAGACGUCUAAGUCGGUCGAGGAAGUGCGGGCCGCGGUUCAAGAAUCGAUCGGCAAUCUCCGUGCGAACGGGAAGCGCAAGGGUUUGGAAAACGAAGGCCAAACGUCGAAGCGUUUGAAGGGCUUGUGGGUCCUGGAAGAAGAUGAAGAUGAUGAUGAAGAAGCUGAUGAGAAGUCUGUUGUUCUUGAUGAAGGGAAUGCUGAGUGCAAUGAAGCUGCUGAUCUGGAUGAUCGAGGCAGUCCUAUUUCUCUUUCUACAGCUUCUGGAUUAGGAACAGAUGGUGUCAGCGGCUCAAGUAGUCCUUGUACUGAAGGGGUGUCUUCAGAUUGUGAUUCAGCACAAAAUGUAUUAACUGAUUCAGCUGAUCAUGCGAUUCAUAGAACAAAUGAUUUUGUUGAGAAUGGAUCUUCCCAAGUCGCACCUAAUGAACAGGAACAUGGAGCAUCUUCUGAUGCUUCAGGAGAUGGGGACGCUAGUCCUGUUACUCCUGCUUCAUGUAGUUGUGAUCCUAUAGACAACGAAUGCCAGCAUGCACCUCUAACUUCUGAGGCUGCCCAUGAUAAUCUUUCCAAAGAAGUUGCUGUCAAGGAAAGUCAGUUCGAUGAGACACUCAACUUGGACAAAUUUCAAACAGCAAAAGAUUUGGAGAUCAUUGGGAUGGAGAGGUUAAAAUCAGAGCUGCAAGCGAGAGGAUUAAAGUGUGGGGGCACCCUGGAGCAGCGUGCUGAGAGGCUCUUUCUUCUGAAGACGAUGCCUAUGGACAAGAUUCCGAAGAAGCAUCUUGCCAAGACCAGCUAAUUGCUGGAGUAGAACCUGAACGUCGAAUUGCUUUGUCUGCUGUGUUAUAAAGAGUAAUGUACCGCAUGUACUAAUUUGCGCAACAGACAUAACAUGGUGAAAUUCCACCAGUUAGCGUACGUUUUGUUUUUGCAACAUGUAAUGUAGGACGAGUAAUGCAAACAAGCACGCCCGUCUGUUUGCCUAUGGUUGUAUUAUUCCUCAAUGUGCUUUUGGAGAUCUAUGAAAUGGAAAGACUUAUUUCUUGAUCA